ACGUUCUACUCAAAGAUGGCGAUGACGAGUGCGCCAUGUUUUUCGUGAUGUUCGAGCGUUAGAGAGAUUUUUGGGUAUCCUGAUUCGCAUAAGCAAAAUGGCUGAUGAUGACCCGUGGUUACUGAAGGAAGACGGUUGCUUGAACGUGGACACUGAGUGCAAGAGUAUUAUCUAUCACGCCAAUUUAAAUGUUCUACUCAUCACCACUAGCAGCGCACAAGUAUACGUAUUCGAUGUCAAUUCCGGCGUAAUCCUGCAAAGAAGUACUCUGUCCGGUAAACCAAAUGGGAAACUGCAAGGAGUGUAUCUAUCCAAUGGAAUAGACAAAGUGCUAUAUACAGAUGGUCGGGGGAUUGGUAUACGCAGUGAUUACAACGGGGUCCUUUUGUUAGAUACUAUUUUGCAAACUCCAGUUUCUAAGAGUGAAGAUGUUGUGAAAUUGGAAUUGCUACUGUCGGAAGCUGCGUUGCUACUUCAAUGUCUUCAAUGUGUAGAAUUGCCAGGAGUAGAGCAUUUAUUGGAGGUAUUGCAAGAACUUUCAAGUAAAAUAGUUGCAGCGCAAACGAAUCAGAAGAAAGGUAUUAAAGCUCAAAAAUGGAAUACAAUAUGCUUGGAACUGCCACAUGGGUCUUUGAAGCUCGUGUGCUCUGGCUUAGUGAUGGAAUUAAAAAGGCAAAAUCGACAUAUACCAGCAUUGCCCAUUGCUUCUGCAAUCAAUGAACGACUGAAUGGCCUAUUGCCUGGCCUUGCGUUAGAAGGUGGUCCCGCUGAUAGAGCGCUGAUGUUUAGCGAAGCAGCACGUCGUGAUACUUUUCCAAAAUGGCCACACAUGAAUUACAAAUGGGCUUUACCUGAUCAAAUGGCGCAGGCUGGUUUCUAUCAUGAGCCAAAUGCUACUGGUGACGAUAGAGCAAUGUGUUUCACUUGUAACGUCUGUCUUGUAUGUUGGGAGCCUACGGACGAACCGUGGUCGGAGCACGAGAGGCAUUCACCUGCGUGUCCGUUCGUUAAAGGCGAAUAUACACAGAACGUUCCACUGUCUGUUACCUUAGCGACUGCUCCCGCUCGCGAAGUGGGUGAUACAGUGGAUAUCAUAGGUACUACAAAUGUCACGGGCCUUGCGGCUACAGCCUCUUCUGACGGUUUUAUAUAUAUCUGGAAUAUAACAAAUCAGCUGAAGAGAGAAGUAUCAUUUUAUAUAUCUCUCUCGGAUCAAGAGGUGAACAAUAAGGAAUCUAUACAGUUUUGCGCUACAAGGAAUAUAACGACUUCAUAUUUAACGAAUCUAAGCUCGGACACCGCACCGCUCUCGGAAUAUAAAUCUUCGUCCUUUUAUAAAAUACAGGUUACGGCUCUCUCGGUGGUAGGACCUCCGAUAUCGCCGAAGGAGGACGCGAAAAGCACCACUAGUUCCACAACGUCGUCCAUAAAUGUCGAGACGUCGGACUAUAAAAUACGACCGUGUUUAGUGUGCGGAGUUACAGUGACAGUUAAUAAUCCUUCGCAAUUAAGGACCUUAGAGAAUGUAUGGGCCGCAUCGACCGAUCUGGCGAGCUCAUCUUCGCUGGUUCGCGCGAUGAACAGUGUAAAUAGUGCUGCUAGUGAUACUUUAGAUAUAAUGAAGGUAGCGGGUGAUAGAUGCGUACCAUCAAGAUUGCAUUACUUAGUAUUGUACGAUUUUCAUCAUAAAACCGCGACGGCACAACCCAUUAAGGAGGACAACUCCAAAGAGUCUAAGACUAAGAAGACUCUGUCCGGUACGGGAACUAGCGCUAGUUCGAAUGGAGGUCGCCAAGAGAGCUUGUAUCAAGAGCUCUUUCUCGGUAAAUUUUUAUACGAAGUGCCAGUUAUUGAAGAUGUGGACUCAGAAAUGGUCGUCGGCUCGCAUUACGACGGUAUCUUUCCAACCAUCGAUCUGACCGCCUCGUCCUCCAAUGGCAUUUACUCUACUCCCAUUGGCAUCACCGCACCGACCACGUCGACCCCAUAUGAUUCCAAUUUUAACCCUAUCAACAGCUCAGCUCACUUCGCAUCAACAUCCAAUUUGACAACGAUAAAUAAGAAGAGCUUAGACCUUAUGAAGAUCACUAAGGCUGAGCCGGUGGUUAUCAAGACUCUAGCUAUAAACGCUCCGGAUUCCCUUCGUAUCACUUAUGUAUCUCCGACUAAAGAUGGAACACACUUGUAUGUCGCGAUGUGUCCCUCAACGGAUAACACUUCUGCCGAGCUUUCCUCGUUGAACACUAAUCAGAUGGACAUCGACGACGAGAGCGAUUUCUUCCCACAGAAGAGUUAUAUGUAUUGGGACCAUAGCGACACUCAAUCUGGCAAACUGAUAAAUGACGAGACACACAGUAACGAGAACAAUACGAAUGUUCUGUUGCUCGUAUAUGCCUUGGACUUCUCGGGGCAGGUGGUGAAAGUGACGUCAGAACCGUUGGUGAAGCGGGAACUUCCUCUGGAACAGGCGCCGAUUGAACACGAGCUUCUGCCAUUGCAGGAGAAGCAAAAGUCCACGACGUCUUCUCUCAAUCCUUCAAGCGUUAAUCCGACUAGCAAUUCGGCUGCUCAGGAACAGGUUGUCGGACAAGUCGCUCUGGUGUGUAAGGACGGCGUAGUCAGAUUGUUAAAUCUAAGCACGUUGAAAACCGUAACCGAGGCUAGGUUAGAGGGAAAGAAAUUUAUCUCUGCGACUUAUUGCAACAGCUUGGAAAGGCUAUGUGUAUGCACGAGCGACGGCACGCUGCAUUUCUUCGUUACAGCAGAGGAGGAAGACUCCACGGAGGAGAAGGAGGACGUUGAAGAUGUGAUCAUGGCUGACAAAGAGAGUUGCCCUAACGAAAAUACGGCUCCUAACACGUCCACAUCGACUUGCCACGAUCAAUUAUUGGCACACAAGACGAAUUUCUCUUACACGGACUUACGGCUCUUAUAUGAACUUACAAGAUUCGAUCGACAUUCGCCUGCGUAUAGCGCGACAGUUCCUCCGUGUUGGAGCGAAAUGAUGCAAGCCCAGAGACAAAGACGUCAUCCGCAGCACCUUCAUCAAUCGGAAGAUCAACAUCAUACAAGAACUUGGCGGCUGCAAAAUGACGCGACCACAUGGGACGAACAUGUAUUUGAACUUACGUUACCUCGAAGUGCGUCUGGAAGUAUAGGGCACGUUGAUGUUCGAUUUACCUUGCAUUCGUUUUGUCAAGAAUUGCCGACUAUUCAAGUAACACUGUUGAAGCAAAAUAUAAAAAGAAUCGGCCACCAGAAAGCAUCGUCCACUCCAGUAGACGAAAGAAUAGACUUUAAUAUAGGAAGCGACCAAAGGAACGAAAAUCCAGUCAUCAUAGAGGAAUAUCAGCGCCAGCACAACACCGAGAUCUUGUGCGGUCCUAUCGACUUGCAUCGUUGCAUGGAUCUGUCCUGUCGUUCGGGAUGCGUGACGUUAACAAGCCCAAAGUUGUUCCGUUCGAAAGUUCGAACGUUGCUCGUUCAUAUUAAAGCAUUAGUAGAUCAGACGAAAGAUAGUGCAUCUGCGAAAACGAAAGUGAAUCUAUUUGAGACUAAACCACCUACUUGCAAAAAGUUAAGGAUAUUUGAGGUACGUCCCCUUGUAUCCAAUAGCACUGGGGAACGACUCGACGAGGGUGGUAAUAGCAAAAAAUUAGGAUGUUACGUUGGUUGUAACUGGAUUCACGAAAUUUCGAUUACGAUAAGGUCGGUACGUCCUACUGAUAUACCAAACGAGAGGCUACAGAGAUGUGCGAUGUUGGAAUCCAAAACUUUCUUUGAUAAUCUUCUGAACGUUGCCUGCUUGCAAGGAUCUCUCGAUUCUCCUGUCGUACAAUCUAUCGCUCUCGAUAUUCUGGUAUGGACAGCCUCAAUAAGAUUAACGAGAUUACGUAGCGCACAGAACAGCUCUGAGAUGAAAGCUCUUCAGCUGGAGACGAUACGCUCUGUGCAAGGACGACUGUCCAGCUUAUUGCGAACGUGUCUCUUGCAUGCUGGCAGAAGUAUAGCGCAUAAAUGCGUCAAAUUAAUUGUUCUUUGCAGUGGAGGAUUUUAUAAUAUAGACGAUCCGCCAGUUCAAACCUUCGACGAGGCUAUGCUUUCCGUUCUGGUAAACUUAUUGCCAUCAAUCAUGGAUGUGCAAUGGGCUGGUUCAUUGAGAUGGUUGCAGUUACUCAUAACUAGAUUUUUACCGUUGGACAGAAAUCACAGCAUCGCCCAGAAAUGUGUCUCUUUGGUACAGCAGAUAGCUACUGAGUUAUCCAAUAGAGUAAAUCCUUACCAUUUGCUGCUUGCGACAAGAUUUGGUUUAUACAACACACCUUUUGAGACGGAAUUGUUUGACUUAGAACCACCAAUACUACCGAAGUUUAGUUCAACACCAGUUACAUACGCGUCGGUUGUAACGGACGAGCAAACAGGCCCGUCUAUGACUUCGUCGAGUUCCGCGCAUUUGCCCAAAUUCGCUCAUUGUGCGCAUUCCAUCGAUUUGAGAGACCUGCUCACACUGCCUACGCAUCCUGCUAGUGAAUUUGUAGUACCUAGUAAAUUGAAGGCAUUAUGCACUAACCACAAUAUGAAAGGUCUCCUUGAGGUCGAACCCCUCCAUUUUACCUGCCAUGCCGCCUCCGACGGUACGAAGAUGGAAAAUAUUGGUCCUGGUAUGAGUACAAUUAACAUUGGACCUACUCUCUAUGAUAAUACAACAACAAACAACGGCGGUGCAUCCGAUGUCAAAAUGGUACAUUAUACUUACAACUUGGAUGCUGGAUCGCUAGGACCAGAUGUUCAGGCUAAAUCGUCAGCUACAUUAAGCGAUCUGCUUAGUAUGUAUACAGGAAGAGCGCUAAAGAAGCCAUCUUCACAACUAUUGCUCACACCUGAUGAACAAUCAGACUAUGACGAAGCUAACGACACGUCUGGCGAUAACCAGACUUGGCAUAGCACACAAAACAAUAUGCCUAGUUCACAUAUAUUAAGUUCCAUUGUAACAAAAGAAAAAUCAUCAGUACAAAAUAUUGAUACUGCUAUAAACAAAGUUGAGGAGGGCAAUCCUAAAAAGCGAGAAGACAUCACGUUUCCAUGGGGAAGAUUGCUGUGUUGGCCACCUCAGCAAGCAUUGGUAGUGGAGAGGAUGCAUUCAGGAGCGCGACGAUUUGUCAUUCUAGACUUCGGAUCGCCUGUAUUGUUGACGGAUCUGAUGAUUCCUUCGUGUAGUGAUUUAGUGUCGCUCUCGAUAGAUAUAUGGACUAAGAGCGAAGAAACAGACGGUACACGACUUAUUGUUGCUGGCGAUAUAGGGAGCAAGCCUCUGAUUGUCUGUGAUCUUCAGCCGCCACCAGUUUGCAGAUAUCUCAAGAUCACUACAAUAGGACGCUAUGGAAUGUCCACAACUACAUGUAAAAUACCGUUGGGGAUGUUUUAUGGACACAUGGUGGUUUUGCCUGGAGAGAAUUACUCGGAGCUGAGCGAUUCUUCGUCGUUUGAUGACAACAUUUUCGAUCCCUCUUUACAAGCUACUAUUGAUACACAAUGUAACAUACUGUCGGCUUUAGCAGAGGACGUUCAAUGCAGAUUCAGUUUAGCCAAUGAAAGAUUAAAAGCUUUAUUAGAUCCAUUGCUGUGUUCAGAAACUCCUAAUGUCAUGCAUAUGCAACAUUACCUUUGCUGCAAUAAAAUAUUUCAUGAAAGUAACGAACGGCCAUCACCGAAAAUAUUACAAACAUAUCAGGAAUGUACUAUGUUCCAACAUCAAUUAAAUAUUGUGCGAGGUGUCUGGCGACGUCUCGAAUCGUGGAGAGGUGUGCGGAACGUGCCGACUACGUCUUUCGUGAAUGCGCCCAGUGAUAAGUUACGAGUUCUCGGAGAGACUUUGCUUGACAUCCUGCUGUAUACUGUAUAUGAAAUCGGCCCAGUGGCUAGUGUACCGAUGUCGCUAUACGAGGUGUUUACCCCGACGAUUUGUGAGAAAUUUUUUCAUUCAAUAUGCGUUGUGACGCCAGCACCACGAUUGCAGCUCCACGCUGCUGCACUCUUAGCCGGUAUGGCAGGUCACCAGCCGUGGUGGGGCAACUUUUUAUCUAACACUUUGAUAAAUCUUUACUCUUCGUCAUCUACUCAUAUUUUCCCACAGGAUAGGGUGUUUAUUUUAUUAACAUUCCUUGGGCGAAAAUCGUUGAUGGCUGGAGCAAACAAGUCCUCAGUUAUCGAUGCCAUGGUUCGUACAUUGGGAAAAUUGCUAUCUCCUCUGAUGAACGGACAACCCACCAAUUCCCAUCGAUUGGACGUGAUUCUGAUAGGUUGGGUGUUAUUGUUUCUGUCGGUAUGCUUAGACACUACCACUAUUCAACUUUCCUGUAUGGAGGAAAAUCAGGAAAAGAAUAAAGAGCAAGGUUUGUUGUCUCGUUGGGAAUUCAUACAAGGAGAAUCAGCUAUGCAGAGGAAAUAUGUCAAUGCCAGCCGGUCAUCAGCCUCACGUAGCUAUCGAAAAAGACUGCAAAAGCGUCUGUUGCAUCAUAAACAGCAGCUUCAUGAAUUGGAGCAAGCCAAGAAAUCUUUCCAAACGACGCCCCAGGGGUGGGCCACUCUCUCUUCUCAGGCAGCUACGUUGUAUAGUAAAGUGGAGGCAACCAUAAAAUCUCAAGAACGUUACUUCAAAAAGACGUUGAAACAGCAUUCCGCCAAGCAUUACAAGGACAUCCUCAGUAUCCGAAGGAACGAGAUGCAACAUCUUUCACGUAGUCCACGCGCUGCAGCUGCAUCUAGCAGUAGUAAGGCAGACGUUGUGGAUUUGGAAGUCGAAUAUGUGACUAAUUUAUCUCAUCAAUAUGUCUUACCAGUGGCACGUGGUCUCGUCGCAUUGAUUCUACAUAAUUCCACUAAUGUGGAUAUGUUUUUGUUGGCAUGCAAGGUAGUGGCUAGACUAGUGGUAUCAACACGUCCUGCGAUUAGCUUAUGCGAGCUUAUGACCGAAGAACAACUCUUAAAAUUAGUCAGAUUGGCGACGGGUACAUCCGAUGCAACGUGGUCGUCGCAUGCUGUUUCGUGUCUUUUACUGGAUCUACUGGAAGGAGGACGAUUGUUUCCUAGAGCAUGUCCCAUGCACGAAGGUAGUCCAACGGAGGAGAAUUUCGAAAUGGGCACGGACGAAAAUAACACGACGGAAGAGGAUUCAAGCAAUGUUGCAGGUACCAGCGCUUCUUCCGCUGCCACGUUAAGUAAUAAUGAAGGAUUCGCGGAGGUAGACGCUGAAGAAGACGCGCAGGAUAGUAUCGUAGUGACAUCAACGGCUGCCUCCACAUCAAAAUCCAAUGGAUUCCUGCCAUCUCUUUUGGAAUCUGACGACAGUGAAUUGGAAGAAUUCCUGGACGAUAUAUUAGAACGAGGGAAAAAUAUGAUAAAGAAGGGUAGCACAGUAUCAAAGAUCCUGACUUCGGCUAUUACUGGCAGUAUCUCGUUGGCGAUGGAUGCGCGAUUGGAAUAUGGAGUCGAGAUGGGCGUAGAGAUAUCACUGAGGAUACUGUCCACAGUUGGCAUGUACAAUCUACCUCACAGUAUAAAUGCGCCAAUACACAUGCCUACGGAAGCAAGUCGUUCUGGUCAACAAUCGUCCAUGCCGAAAACUGACACGGAUUGGAACGCGGAUAGGGGUCAGGAGACAUGGAAUUCUUCUGAUCCUACUCCUUCGAGUCUGUCAAUGCUAACGAAAUGUUUUGAUAAAAUAUUUACGGAUUUAUACUUGCAGAAUAAUAGUACGAACCUGGAACUGGUCUUACAACUUUGGUUAACACUGAACAUGGACGCUCCUAACGAGCACUCACACUCUUCUCAGCUUGAUUCUUCUCUGAUACCUGUAAUUCCAUUAAGUUUAGCAGCGAUUAGUAACCUCAUAUCUGCACUCUCUUGGCAUUCCGGAAUUUCUUUACGUGCUUGGUGUCUUGGUCUGCAAUGUUUAACUAUCGUCUGCAAUCAAUCGUUGCAAAGAUAUCACGGUUUAGACGGUUUCGCGACUAGUGGGUUCUGUGUGGCUAGCAACAUUGUUAAAGAACGUAAUACUGGCCCUAUGUUGCUGCGUCUGCUUUCCGGCAAUGGAUUAAAUGUCAAUACUAUGGAUGAGCAAUAUAUUAUGGCUGGUCCUACAGUCUGUCAAGCGUUACAUGAUUUUCUUCUCAGACUGGAAGUAAUGUGCGAUGUGAUUACACCGGAUAGUUUCUUAGGUAAUGCCCUGAAGGAUUUGCUAUUGUGGGUAGUGUAUCAACUCGUGCAACCAGGCGGGGCUCUUAUAACAAGAAGAGGACCUUUGGAUGCCCAAUGCAAGCUAUUAACGUCUGUAGUUAAUCUAAAUUACGUUAAUGCUGAUUUGAGCAUCGCCAUGAGUAUAUCUGAAUGCGUUGGCGUAUUGGUCUCGACUUAUGUCAGAGGAUCCGGAGUCGGCGCAGAAUGUGGAGGAGCACUUGCUUUGCCCAAUCAGUCCGUUGGUUCUGGUGGCUUUGGUGGUCUAUUCGCUUGCGUACUCGGUGGCGAUACAAGACAAGGUCGCCCCGCGUCAUGGGAUACUCUGGUUGUGGCUCUCGUUAAAUUAGUGUGUGUGUUCAUACAAACUCCACUACCAGGUUUCUCUGGGAUACAUAGUUUUGACAUGGUACCACAGAUAUGCUCUCGCGCUCGUGAAAAUCACUCGGAGAAACCAGCAGAGGAGGAACUAUCGGAUGCAACCUCCGAUCUCAGAACCAGCACAAGCGAGCAGCAAGUGCAAAUAAACAUUUCGCAAACGGACGAGAGCAAAGUUGCAGAACAACAAACUUCGUUUCGCCUGCAACAGCCAAUAACUAGUAAAUCUUGUGUACCUUGCCUCGCUGAUACGGUUCUACAGCACGAACCAACUAUGAUGCGCUUACUGAGCACUCUCGGUCAUAUUACUGGAUCCUCGUUAGCUAUGCUCCUGGGAGGAAGUGCGAGUACUGCAUCGACUACUGAACUUCGUGAUCCAGCUUCGAUACCGGAUGCAAUAUUCCUUCUUCUAACAAUUUUGACAAAGAAAGCUAGCAAUCCGACUUUGGUUCUCAAACCUUUUUACCACUACCUUUCUUCGUCAUGCGGAGAAACUGAGUUGGAUCGCCAAUUGGGUGUUAUGCAGUUAUCGGAGCCUCUUCUUUGGUACAUCCUAAGAGUGUUGGACAACGUAUCAUCGUUAUCCAUUUUCACAGAGAUGGGCGGUGUAAAAGUAGUCUGCCAGAAUCUUGUGAAGUCCAGCAACAACGGCGUCGCUAGUGCAUCCGCCUCAGGCGGCGUGAUCGCCCUCGUUAUGGAACAUUUGUCAAAUGCACCCAACGUGAUGCCGAUUACAGCCAGCAGUAGCAGCAGCAGCAGUAGUAAUAGCAACAGCAGGAAAGCAAUCAGCUCGUUGGAAUCAAAUUCCGACGGGUUAUUGAAUUUCGCACCACUUGGCACGAUUUCCUGCGCUACCGCGCAACCGCCGGAUGUCCUUAUACAAAAUGCUACACCUCACAAACGCGCGAGAACGCCUGCGUGGUCUUAUCAUUAUUAUCCUGACGAGAAGUGGGUCGACCUCACGAUUACUUUGCCAUGCGCUAUCUUACUCAGACAGGUGGAGUUGCAGCCGCAUCAUUCAGCAUUAUCCACGUGUCCCUCGGCCGUGGCGCUUGAAAUAUCAAGAGAAAACAACAGUCCAGUAAUGCCUGUCUGCCCACCGAUGCCUACAGCAGGCUUAACAUAUAUACGUCUUACAUUAUCUCAGCCGGAAGUCGUGACUUCUGUGUUGGUGCGCCUGUAUAAGCCGCGUGAUUCGACGAAUGUAAGUCUCAGUCAAAUAAAGCUGAUGGGAACUACUGCAUUCGGUGAAAAUAAAACGAGCUUUGACAUGCUAGAUGAGGAACAAUUGACGAAGACCAGCUUAGGGUGGUUGCGAUUAUUGCAUCAGUGUUUGUCGGUGAGCACAUUGAACAGUAAUCUAGCCGCCGAGGUGCUUAAUUCCGCGGCUUCGGUCGAAGGCCUGGUCGAGGCAUGCUGCAACCUCCUGUUACUCCCAGCACCGUCUCUCUUUACUGCCAACUUGGAGAGGGUUCUCUUACAACUCGGCUUACAUUCUCGUGAGCUUGGACUCCAUCUUAUUGGUCUCUUGCUCAACAACAGGUCCACUCCCUUCUUCCAAGGAGCCGUAACUUCCCGAAAGACAUCCAUUGUACAGUUAGUCGUUGAAUUACUUCAGCAACUCUGUUCUAUCCGAGAUUCCAGUACUGAGGCUCGUAUGAGAGCUGUUCUCAGCUGGCUGCAGACGUCGGCUGCAAAUGGGAUAUCUCACACUAACAGCAAUCCCAAUUCCGUCAAUCCGUCAGCUGUGUAUAUUCAUUGUGUGUCUUCGAUCAUCUGGAAGACCCAUCAACAACAGAACCACAAUUACGAUUUGCAUGUGCUGCUGACAGACGAUUUGUUUAAUUCAUUGUAUCAAUGGACACUGACUCUCGGUAAGAACUCGGCCUUGAAGCAAGCGAUCGACUCUGUUCUGUGCGCUUUCUGCUACGUGAGACCGUCGCUGUUCCCUUUGCUUCUUCAACGAGUACGAAUCUUGGUUCCGAACCUCGCGACGGAUCAUUCCGCCUCAAUAUCCGAUGAUCGUAAAAAAAGCGAGGGCCAGACAGAUGAUAAGAAGAGCGAGAUCAACGCGGAGGAGUGGUAUUGUCGAUUUGUGUUGUUGGAAUACAAACGGUUACGUUUAACGGAGGGACAACUUCUAACUGUUGCCGCGGCGGCACGCUCUCCGCCUGGUAUUCAGCAAUUAAUCGACUCUGGUUUCCCGGCGCUGCUGACGUCAUUGAUUACAGAUUUCUGCAACUUGGAGAAAUCCAAACAGCAUCAACGAACUACAAUGGUGUCGGGUGAUAGCAAUGAGAAUAAUACAGCUGAAAGUAUCAGCUCCUCGAAUAACGAUGAUCUAUGCAUGAUGCGACCGGAUAGCAUAGCGAUGGUGAUUGAAUUUUUAAUGCUUGUAUGCUCGGAAGGCAGGAUGCGAGACUGGCUUGGUAAAGAGGGCCGUGGUUUCUGGUUACCCCUUUUGUCACUUCUCAGUAAUCGCCCCAUUGAGAACUCAUCGGCGUCUGCGUCGAGGUGUUCAAAAACGAGCGCGUUGUACACAUCGCUAGAAAGCGCUAUGAUCAAAUUCUUAUCGAGAUGUUGCUGGUGCCAUCAAGCGAACCAAAAAUUGCUGGCGGAACUUUUGACCGAAGUUAUUUCUCAACAGCGAAUAACUUCGAAUGUGCGAUAUCUUCACGGUAUUUCCGGGUUCACUCGGAGAUUAAUUCUGCAACUGCUCUUGGAAGGAGAGAAAGUAUUGGUUUCCGUAACUUCGGAAGCUCCUAUGAAAGUUGCAGCAGGAACGGCGAAUUACAACAUGCCGUCCAUGUCACCUCACCCCGCUCAUCCGUUCGGACAUUAUCAUCAACUGUUAUACAUGCCAACUCAAGCGACAGUGGCGGAUAUAUUACGGAAAGUAUCAGGAACUUGGUUUCUUCUAUUACUUCCAAAUACGUAUAAAGGUAACGAAGCAAGUUCCAGCGAAAAUAACCGUGUGGGUGAACCGGUUUGGCAACCUCCGAUGGAGUUGAUGGUAGACACGCUCAGCGUGGCCGCUGGAAAUACGGCGAAAGACAAGCGGGCUAAAGAGGCGUCGAAUAGAUCGCAAGCUCGUGGUCCUAUCGUGCGAAAACCGCGUUUAAAUUGUGAUGGAACACCGAUUGUGAAUAAACCUGUAACUAACAAUGGACAAGCUCCAGUGGCGAACCAAGCCAACACAACGAAUCAGCAGUAUUUAAUACACUCAUCUCGGCCCAACACACCUUUACCACUUCAGCUUACGAUCGCACAAUUAUUAGCGAUCGCCGAAGACAGCGGCGUGUCAUUGUCCGAGCCAUGUUUGCAUUUAAUUUUGCGUCAACGCAAUAAGGAUUCCAAAGAGGACAUAACGAAACAGAAUGAUAGCGAGCUGCUGAACUAUAGGAGCAUUGAAAGCUCGCUGGGUGUGUUCAGCGCUGGGGGCGGAUUGGCAGUCUUAGCGCGCCAUUUGCCGCUAGUAUAUCCUGAUUCCGGUAGACCGUUAUCCUUCGUAGAAAAAUCGCCGUCACCGGAACAGACGGACGCCGACUGGGUGAAGCUGGAGACCAACGACGACAUCUAUGAGGCUCUGGAAGAGGGUAGAACAUAUACUUCCUCGCCAAAAACUUCGACGCCACCGCCAUAUGUGCCACCGCAUUCUCUCGCUGCUUUCGGUUUAUUCCUUCGGCUACCGGGUUAUGCUGAGGUGUUGCUGAGAGACAAGAAACGAGCGCAGUGUCUGUUACGACUCGCACUUGGCGUUUCCGACGAUGGCGAGGGUGGCGAGGUGUUGUCCUCACCUUUAGCGGCUUCGUUACCGACCUUGCCGUUCCAAGUUCUCAAACAACUGCUGGACGCCACGCCACCGACCACCGAUGACGGGUUGCUUUUACGAAGGACCACUAUAGAGGUGGGAGCCAUGUUGCUGUUGUUGAACUGCUUGGCGAUAUUUACCCACCAGACGGGCCAAAACGAGACUGUCGAGCAAAGAACCGGUCAAAGCGGCAGCAGCAGCAGUGGUGGCGGCGGUGGGAGCGGUGGAGGGCGUAGUGAUGAUAAUUCUCAUCUAUAUUGGGCAAAGGGUACCGGCUUUGGUACUGGAUCUACGCAACAAUCGUGGAACGUCGAGCAGGCGCUGCUGCGACAACGAUGUGAAGAUGAGCAUGUGACGGUGCUGCUGCAAGUUCUCGCGAGUUACAUCGGCUCGGGAGGCGGACAGCCUCAACGUGAACUGCCUGCCGGUUUUCCUGACUUACUAGCACGUUCCUGCUUGUUGCCGGCGCUAUCUUCAUACCUGCGCAACGAUUCCGUUCUCGAUAUGGCUAGACACAUUCCUUUGUACAGAGCGGUUCUGCAACUGCUCAGGGCGAUGGCAUUGUCCAGCCAAUUGGCACCGUUGUUGUUGCCACGAGGCGGUCGAUCCGGUGAACCAUCAGUGGUAUCUCUCCUGUCUAGUAUGAGGGUGUGUGUGGACACGUAUGUGCACAAGAUCAACCGUACUAGGGGUAACAAGUCAAAAAGUGUCUCUAAGUAUCCAGACGAUAGCGAACAAGAUGAGGGUUUGGCCACAUUGAUUCCUGACAUUCAGGAGAGUGCGACCAUAGUGCAGAAUGCCACGUGUAGGUUGUCCGGCGUCGGUGAGGACUUGCCUGGCCCCAGUCCGACCGCGCCGGAACUACCGUUGCGUUCUAUCGAGCACCGUUAUUUAGAAGUGAUGAAGAAUCUGCAAUUCGACACCUAUGAAAUGAUCAGCGAAAAUCCAGAUGGCGGAGGCUACAAAUUUGCAGUCUCAUAUCACUUCGAAUCAAACAUGAGGGCCGCUGGUGAGAGGAGCCAUCCGGCACGAGUGAAGAGAUUAGCCCAAGAAGCUGUCACCCUCUCGACGGCGUUACCUCUAUCUUACAGUAGUAGCGUAUUUGUAAGAUGCGAUGCGGAUAGAUUGGACGUUAUGAAGGUACUCAUAACAGGGCCGGCAGAAACGCCGUACGCAAACGGCUGUUUUGAAUUUGAUGUGUACUUCCCUCCUGAUUAUCCUAAUAGUCCAAUGUUGAUAAACUUAGAAACAACCGGCCGUCAUACCGUGCGCUUUAAUCCGAAUUUAUACAAUGACGGAAAGGUCUGUCUUAGCGUACUCAACACAUGGCACGGUCGGCCCGAGGAAAAAUGGAAUGCACAUACUAGUAGUUUCCUUCAGGUCUUAGUAUCGAUACAAUCGCUAAUCCUAGUAUCCGAACCUUAUUUCAACGAGCCUGGCUACGAACGAUCGCGAGGCACAUCGAGCGGUGCUCAGUCUAGUCAAGAGUACAAUGCAAAUAUCUGUCAGGCUACCGCUAAGUGGGCGAUGCUCGAUCAAAUACGCAAUCCUUGCCCAUGUUUCAAAGAGGUGAUACAUACUCACUUUUGGAUGAAGAGGCAUGAAAUUGUGGCACAAUUAGAAGCCUGGAUAAGAGAUAUGGAGAUGCAUGGAUCGGAUCGUAGAUCAGGCCGAAGCAUUUCUCUAAAUGCAUUAUCGCUGAGGAGACAUUAUAGGCUGUUGAGAGAGGAAUUGAAUAAACUGCCAACACCGGAAGGAUUAGAGGACCUGGCUGAGCCUCUUCCGUCGCCAGGUUCGCCCAUUGAAUUAUCAGGAACCCCAAGCACAACACCGAACACACCGUUGACGGUCGCAGGAUCUGCAAUCGCCGCUACUAUCUCCACCGUCACCACCACCAACAGCAGCAACAGCAGCAGCAACAGCAGCAGCAGCAGCAGCAGCAGUAGCAGCAGCAGCAGCAGCAGCAGCAGCAGUAGUACCACUACAGUGGCUACUCCUAUCACUAAUACUAUGGUACCGAUCAGCAAUAGCAGUGCGAAUAGUCACGUACAUCACGACAUCGACACGGACGUCGAGAUGGAGAAAAUGGUUUCAAAAGUGUGUGAAUAGCUAAAGGAUGUUAAUAGACAUUGUUGGUCAUUUUGAAGAGAGUCUAUUGUUUGUGUUACACUAAACAAAUGAUGGACCGAUAACAGGUGCACGGAUAUAUAUCCUGUCCAGCGGUCGAGUUGUCGAUAAGUUAUAAAAGAAAGUAUCGAUUUUCGAUCGAAUGUAGACGACGAUGCACUGAUAAUGAUGAUGACAAUGACAAUGAUAGUAAUAACAAUGAUGAUGAUAAUGGUUAAUUAAUGAUGACAGAAAAAUGCAAAUGAUGAGAUAUUAGACGAGAGAAUUGUGAGGAAGAGCGAAAGAGAGUGCGUAUGCGAGAAUGAGUAGGCGGACAAGGAUAUAGAAGAAUGAAAGAGAGAAGAAGAAAAGAGAAACAAUGUGGUAAAGGUCGAUAAUAAAGAGAAAGAUAGAGAGAGACAGGAAGGGGGCAAAAUAGAUAAACUCGAAGGAUAAGUAGCGCGAAUGUGACAAACUCGUGCAUAGUAGGUACUUUCAUAGCCGCUGCUAUAGUACGUGUACGCUGCAUUCUACUACUUUGUACUAUCAUAAGUACCAACUGUUAUUCAAUAUUUAUUAUACAUGUUCCUCGUUUAUAGUAGCGGGUAUUCCUGCGCGCAACGCGACCGAAUCUAAAAACUGACAAAGUGUCAUUAUAAAGAACGAGGCAAUUUAGUUUACACCGUUUAGAUAACGUUAAAUAUAAAUAUAGUACGUGUCCUUCAUACGUCGAUUAAGACAGGAACGAUGUCCUUGAAAGCAGUGGUACGUUUCUCACGUAAACGAGAAUUACUCUUUGUAACUGUAACAGCUACUUAGUACACGUAAAUUUCACAUGAAUCGACCAUAUGAACGAAUAAAGUCACAUUGUUUUGAAAUGGCCUUCCAUCCGUCUUUUAUCAAAAAACAAUUAUCCAAGUUAUAUAUAUGACGCUGAUUUGAUCUCUUUAUGAGAAAAAUUAUUAAAAUCUAAGAAAUAUGGUUCUUAAGA